AUGCCGAGAUUUGACCCUUACGACCCCUCCAACGGCACCGCCAUCACUUACGUCAUCAUCUCAGGAAACAUACAAAGUGCCUUCACGAUUGAAAACAACGCCCUCAGGACUAAUGUUAUCCUAGACAGGGAAAUCAGGUCGAACUAUAAACUUGAAAUUAGAGCGACAAUGACGUCAUCAUCGUCGUCGUCCUCAUUUUAUGUGGUAGUAAUGAUACAGGUGCUUGAUGUUAAUGAUAACGCUCCUUCAUUUCCAGAUGCAUCUCUUGUCAGUCUGUCCUAUGAUGCGAAACGCAAAACAAGAGUGACGCAAGUAAAAGCCAACGACCUUGAUCUCUACCCUCCAAUCACCUACACCAUCCUACACGGCGGUGUCUCACAGCAGCAACAGUCGCUACUACAACCGCCACAAUCAGCAACACCUUUCCCACAGCAGCAACAAAAUAGCAACAAUAAUAACAACCAACAACUAACAUGCGAUCUUACAUCUGAUGACUUCCACAUAGAAACGUACACAGGUCAGGUGAUCCUGUUGACAAAUUUGGCGCCAAAAAAGCAAUGUCAUGGACAAAGGCUAAUUUUGAGUCUUCAGGCAUCAGAUGGAGUCUACACCGCUACAACAGAUCAACUGAUUCAAAUCCAACAACCGAGUAAAAGUAAACUUAGGUUUACGAGACCUCUACAUAGAGCAAACAUAACCAGAGGAGCAACUGCAAUCCUACCAUAUGUUAUUGCCAACAUCACAGCCCUGUGGAAAUACGAAGAUGAUGACGACUACGACGAUUACGAUGAUGAUAAUUAUUACAGUGGUGGUAGUGGUAGCGGUGCUAAUGAUCCAAGCAUUAGUUAUUCAAUGUACCCCGUUAAAUUAAAUCAAUAUUCUUCCUUCUUCUCAAUUGGUUCUAAAACAGGAGCAAUCAGCCUAUCAUCACCCCUUCCGACCACAACAAACAACAACAACAAGGAUGACGACGACUCCUUUGUUGUUGAUGACGUCAUUUAUCACGUGACUGCCAACAGCGGUAUGGCUAAUGCGACGGUUGUUAUAAGUAUAUUGAAGGAGUUGGACAUUUACAAUGCAUCUGCAGUUGUUAAGAAUCAAAUCAAUGCCACCAUUUCAAAGUUGACCACGCAAGUUGGAUCAGUAGUUCUCUCAACGAAAAUUAAUUCUGAAAUAAUCAACCUGCCGAACCAGCGAUAUUACUGCCAGGCUGAGUGGAAUUCUUACCUGGAACUUUCCAAGUCAUCAGGUCAUCUUUUCGUGACGUCAUUUCCUCCUGACUCCUAUUACAAGACGAUGGACGGACGCUACUUGGACGAUUAUUUCACUUCCGUUAAUUCGUACACUUCUGGUAGAAGGGAUGGCAUGAAAAUAGCAGGAAUCAGCGAAACAAUGAUUAAUUUUGCUAGCGUCAAAUGCCCAUUUUUUGAGAAAAAAGACUACGAAGUAAUUUUGAGAAACAACGCCAAUGACAUCAACGGUAAUGUCGUCAACAACAACACACGAAACCAAACUAAUUAUUACGUAACAACAACGUCGGUGAUGACCAGCAAAUAUUUUUUAGCGUUUUUUAAUUCCUCUUAUAGCAUACUUUACACCACAGCUGACCAAAUUAUUCCUCAAAGCAACACAAGUGCCAACAACAUUAACAACUACACCUCGUCAUUCUCGAUUGACACAAACACGGGUCAAAUAACCUCUUCAAUGAUGCUUCCUUCAAAUUUCCGUUACACAAUUUUUAUUGGAUAUUCCACUUCCGGUUUCUGUCCAAACUCCUACGCUACUAUUUCCGUUUCUACAAAUGCCGACGCGAAUGUUAAUCUCCUAAAUAAUUUUGCUGCAGUUUUUAUCAGCGCUGUUUUUACGACUACAAUAACUGGAGAUUGGUUGCCGGGAGAUUUUGUCAUGAACGUGAAAGCUAGAAUAUACGACGUCAGAAAUGUAAAUAAAACAUUAUCAUCACCAUCAUCAUCAUCAUCAUCAUCAUCUACGUCAUCGUCUACGUCACCCUUCUCAUCAGCUGCGUCCAACUUAUCGAUUAGGUACUCAAUACAGGGCAUCACAACUAACUUCUUCACUCUCGACCCAAACACUGGUGACCUGGCUUUAAAAACGUUCCCGACCCUCGCGUAUAACGACAAUGUCGACAAUGGCCAAAAUUACAGUUUCAAUGUGUGGGCCGAAAUAAUAAACAGAAGUAGCACAAACAAUAAUAACAUUAACAACGUCAUCAACAACAUCAGCAACAACAACAGCAACAACCACAAUGAAGUAACACAGGCGCAAGUAAUCAUAUUUAUUAAACCACAACCAGAAGUACCGGUAUUCGCUGACAACAAUUUCAAAUUCAAUCUUCCACGUGACGUAAAAAUUGGUGACGUAAUAGGGAGGGUGCGUUCUUCAACUCGAAACGUGUUUUAUUAUUUUAAAGAGCGUAAUGAUUACUUUGCUAUAAAUAGGACAAGCGGAGAAAUAAAAUUGUUGAAAAUGACUUCAAGAAUAGAGAAGAGGUCAAUCACACAGCAGCUUGAACAACUACAACGACAGGAACAACAAAUUCUGACCGUGAUUGCGCGAACAGGAUUUCGAACAUUCAAAGAGGCAACAACCGACGUCAUCAUAACACUAAAUGACGUCAUUGUCAACAACCAAACUACAACUUCUACAAACAAUAACAACACAAACAUUCUCACCAGCAAACCAUGCUCAAACAAUUGUCCGACAACUGUCAACACCAAUUUUACCAGCAUUUUUCCACAGCCUACCUCAACAAAAACGACAACCACAGUGCUGUCAUCGUCAUCAUCAACGUUGUCAUCAUCUUCAUCUUUGCUUCCCAUAUCAUCAUCAUCAUCUACAACUACAUCAGCAAUUAUUAACUACGAUACUACAAGUGGCAACAUAAACAGCCUCACUCCUGACAACAACAAAACUGAGACAACACCCUCACCGCCACCGUCUGCCUCGACGUUGGCGACCACAAGCAGCAACCAACUGUCGACCACAUCCAUCAUUUUGCUGGCAGUGUUUGUCUCUCUCGGAGGAAUCAUCAUCAUUCUCGCCAUCGUCGCCAUCGUCGUAUGUUGCCUGAGGAAUCGAAAACGCAACAAACAAAAACAACAAAAUGUAUCUGGAAUUCCCAGCGUUGCAAACACUGCAAGCGUUAGUAACAACUACGGCGCUCAAACUCCUCCGACUGGUAACAGUACAUCCCUGACGACGUUCAAGCAGUCGAAACAGCAGCUACUUUUGCACGCCACAAGAACGAACGCUCCAUCGACAGCACGAUCUGAAUCGAGCGGACGAGGAUCAGCUGUGGCGGCUGACGAUGAAAUCCGCAUGAUCACCGCAGCCAGGACGCCGUCGAAAACCUCCUCGCGUGUUGUCUCUGCCGAGAUCCUGCCUGAUUCCGGAGUGCCCGACAACGAUGAGGACGAAUUUGAAAGAGACGAAAACAUACUGAACAACAAUAAUGUGAUUGUUCAUAGAAACAAUGACAGCAGUCGUAGCAGAGAAAUAAGAGCAAUGAACCCGAGAAAAAUCACAUCAUCCGAAACACCUUCAGUGCAACUAUCGCGUGCGUAUCUCUCCAAUUUGGGCAUCACUGCCCAGCCAUCCGACACUACGAUCGAUAAAUCAAAUAAAAGAUCUAAACAAGGCAACCAGGCUUCAGAAGCUUUUGAACUUGGUCAUCUUGGUUCGAGGCAGCCAGCUAUUUACAACGAAUUAUCCACACCCUCGAUAUUAGUAACUCCUUUGAAUUUUAAUAUGAAUAACAGUGAAAAUAUCCUUGAAGUAUCCAAGUAUGCAAGAGAACAGCAACCGCAACAAGCUAACAGCCAGCUUCAACAACAGAAUGCUGCAGGCAGAGAUUCUACGUUCGCAAGAAUCUUGGCUAGAAUCACUGGACAAAGAAUUGACAAUACUUUCAACAACAGCGCGGUGAACAUUAUUAAUAAUGGCAAUAACAACAACGCUGCCAACAUGAACGUUAGAAACAUUGAGGACAACACUCUUGAUCGCCACAACCCUCCCAUUACGGCUCAGUCAAUAAACCCUGCAAGCAUUCAGCCAUUACAAAUUUCAAAAUUUUAUGAUCCAACAAACAACGAACAUAUAAUAAACAACAGCCGUAACAACAACAACAACAACAACAGAACUUUAGGUUAUAUCGAGCCAGAGUACCAACAAAUCGAUAACGACAACAGUGUUUAUACAACCAACGUUAACAUGCUACCAAUCGUAGCAACAAACCAGAUACCAUCAGUUAAGAUAGUUCCAACUAAAAUCGUUCCACAACCACCACGAAACACUCAACAGUUAUUAAAUCCACGUCAGUUAUUUAUAAACGCAGUUGAGACUCCGCCCAUCAUCACUGAUGCUCCGCCUCCUUCGAUUUCAUUAUCAACACACCCUGUUCUCAACAGACUAACCAACCCUGACAGACCAUCCAAAUUUUCAUCAGCUAACGUGAUCAAAAAACAACGACAAACUGCCAACAACUUCCAGCCAGCGCACCAACAACACAUCGCCGUCAUCAAUCCUAACAACAUCAACAACACAGCCGAUCAAGUUGGUAACAACAACAACUACCAGGAAAUAGCCGUAUCACAAGAAUCUGUGACGUCAGAUGAGAUGCGCAGACGAUUAAAAAAUCCCCGUGAAACCAAAGCAGGAAACAGUAAUCAAAAUGAUCACUCAAACAACAUCUCCGUAAACGACGGCGGCCUUCUUAAAUUUGAAAACGCAGGUCACUUGGUGUCCGUGACGUCAGAUAAUGACGCGUCACGUGGGCUCACCUUGCCUCUUGGAGGAAACAAGAUGGCCGAAAGCAAAGUGACCUUUUUAUCUUCAAAUUCAGAAAUUGAUUUCGACGUCUGA